AUGGACAGCCCACAAGUAGUCGCAAAAUCGCUCCUUGGUAUUUUUGAAAAGUACGGACAGGGUGACUAUAUUGGAGAGUCAAUCAGUCAGCUUGAGCACUCGCUGCAAGCCGCCCACCAAGCUAAACAAGCUGGAGCCCAUCAGGAACUCAUUCUUGCAGCGCUUCUCCACGAUAUUGGCCAAAUUAUCCCGCUUGAAAAAACAAAAGAGGUUCGCAUGACACUCAGUCAAGGAGAUGCCGGAAACGUGGGCCGUAUUGGCCAUGAGACAAUCGGUGCGCAGUACCUACACUCGCUUGGAUUCAGUGAAACCGUGUGUCGCCUUGUAAACAGCCAUGUGGCGGCUAAGAGAUAUCUCACGGCCGUCAAUCAAUCGUACUACGAGUCAUUAUCGAGCGCUUCGCAAAAAUCUCUAGCAUUCCAGGGAGGGCCAUUUCGCGGGGAAGAACUAAAAGCAUUCGAACAAGAUAAGCUGAAGGAUGAAAUGGUAUCCUUGAGACUGUGGGACGAUGCGGCUAAAAUUGUUGGUAUUGAAAAUGAGACCCCUCGCGCUCAUGAUUAUCUGGAUUUGAUGGUGGCACAUUUGUCAAGGAACGCUUCGGGAAACUGA